AUCGCGCCAUGGCCUGGGCCCCUCUCCUCCUCGCGGUGCUCGCCCACAGCUCAGGUUCCCUGGUCCAGGCAGCGGUGACUCAGCCGGCCUCGGUGUCAGCGAACCCGGGACAAACCGUCCAGAUCACCUGCUCCGGAAGCAGCUAUGGUGUUGGCUGGUACCAGCAGAAGGUUCCUGGCAGUGCCCCUGUCACUGUGAUCUACAACAACGACAAGAGACCCUCGGGCAUCCCUUCACGAUUCUCCGGGUCCAAGUCCGGCUCCACUGGCACAUUAACCAUCACUGGAGUCCAAGCCGAGGACGAGGCUGUCUAUUUCUGUGGUGGCUACGACAGCAGCAUGUGUGGUGUAUUCGGGGCCGGGACCAUGUUGACCGUCCUAGAUCAGCCCAAGGUCUCCCCCACCGUCCACCUCUUCCCACCAUCCUCCGAUGAGCUCUCGGCACAGGGCAAAGCCACCCUGGUGUGUCUGCUGGGAGACUUCUACCCCGGCGCCGUGCAGGUGGCCUGGACGGCCGAUGGCCGUACCCUCAGCAGUGGCAUCGAGACUGGCCAGCCCCAGCGGCAGACCAACAGCAAGUACAUGGCCAGCAGCUACCUGACGCUGAGUGCCGCCGAAUGGAAGAGCCACGAGACCUACACCUGCAAGGUCACGCACGAGGCCGGCAACGUGGAUAAGAGCCUGAAUAGAUCCCAGUGUUCCUAACCCUGCUGGGACCUCCCCGCACCCGGCAGCCCCUUGCCGGCCCCUUGCCGGCGCCCUCCCUCUUCCCCGCUGCUGGGGGCAGCGGCUCCCCCCCCACCGCAGAUGUCUCUCCCCAUGUCCCCCUGUCCCCUGCUCCUGUCCCCCCGCCCUGAGUGUCACACGAAUAAACACCGACACUGAACUAG